AUGACCAGUAUCUCCACCAACCAGUUCGGCUCCGGCGGCAGCAAUGGAGGGUCUGCCUCCAGGCCGCACGGCAGGGAUAUGGUGAUUUGGACUGAGGAGAUGAACGAGUAUCUCAUCGAUGCGCUCAUGCACCAGCAGGACAUUGGGAACAGGAGUGCCGAGGGCAGGUUCUUGACUGGCGCCUAUGAAAGCGUCAUCACCGGGGUCGGCGAGAGGUUCGGGGUGGUGAUCGACAGGUCCAACAUCAAGAACCGUCUCAAGCAUGUCAAGGACAUGUUCCAUGAGUGCGAGAACCUUUUCGAUAAGCAGAGCGGGAUUAAAUGGAACCCAGCGACCCGGAGGUUCCACGCCGACCCUCAAGUCUGGAGGGAAUUCAUUGAGAGAAAACCAGAAGCCAAGAAAUGGAUGACGAAGACUAUUGACCAUUACGAUAGGUUAUUGGAGUUAUUUGGUAAGGAUAGGGCACCUCCGGCUUCUGAGAACUCGAAAGGUCCUUCGAAAAAAAAGGCGCGAAUAGAACCACCAAAGGAUAGACCUCAACGUCAGCAGACGUCAUCAAAUGGCUUUGAGUUAGCAAUCGUCCAAGGUUCAAAUCAAGUAAUGGAUAAAAAUGAGCUGUCUGGUGCUGUGGUAGCAGAAAAUAACAUAAUUGGGGAACUCGAUUUAUCAGAAUUGUGCAAAAGCGAGAAUGGCCUUGUUGCCAUACCUGUUCAUGGUAAUGCAUAUGGCAAGGGUUUGCCCUAUGCUCCUGAAAAUUGGCCGUCUCCUGGAGAUCAGUGGCAAUGGAAAGUGGGGAGCAGAAUUGCUGCAGGUGGGCACUGGGUGGACAGAUAUCUUGCUCCACCCUCGCGUUUUCGUGAUGCUACUGGUAAAAAGACGACAUUCACAAGUAGACUAAAAGUUGGAGAGUUUAUCAAGAGCAAUUUUCCAGAUGUUGAUCCUAGCACAUUUUUCUCUAUGUUCAUAUGGAAGAUCCCUGCUGCAGAAGGCGGGAUUCAAAGAGGAGCUCUUCAAGUGGAACGCGUUGAACCUGAAGAUGGCCUGGCGGAUCCUGAUGGACCAUGCAAGGCUCGGAAUAAGGCGUGCAAUCUUGGGAAAGAAGGGUUUAUUGAAUCAUCACCAGCAGGGAAUUGUGACAUCUGCUGCGUACAUCCUGAUUUCUGUCGUACAUGCUGUUGCAUUCUCUGUGGCAAGGCUGUUAACAAUUCCUUUGAAGGUUAUAGUUACAUCAAGUGUGAGGCAGUUGUGGCAGAGAACUACAUCUGUGGGCAUCUUGCCCACCUUGACUGUGCUCUGAGGAUUUUCAUGGCUGGAACUGUUGGAGGAAGCAUUGGGUUGGAUGUGCAAUAUUACUGCAGGCGGUGUGACAACAAAACUAACCUGAUGAUGCAUGUGGAGAAACUGCUGGAAACAUGUCGCUCUCUUGGAUCGAAGAGUGAGAUUGAGCCAAUCCUUAAUAUGGGCUUGUGCAUCUUGCGUGGUUCAAGACAAUUGCAAGCGAAAAGUUUGGAGGACUAUAUGGCAUCAGUGAUGGAAAAGGUGAAUAAUGGGGUUGAUCUUGCUGAAGUAUGGAAUAUGGAGGAUGGUGAUGGCAUGCCAAUACUGAAUGCAGAAGAAAGUUCCCCACCUAUUGCUGGUGUCACAGUGCUAGGGGCUGAGCCACAGUACCCAUAUCUGACUGAUCCAAUGGUUGAUAAUGAGCUGCAUAAGGCUGCCGAAAGUGUUCCAAUUUUCAUUACUGGUGAUCACACUGAGAUGUCUCUCAAAUUUGAGGAUGAGAUAGAUAAUUCCCUUCUAGAACUGAAGAGAUCUCAGGAAGCAGAAUACAGGCUGGCAGAGCAGAAGCUUUAUUCUCAGAAAGAUUAUAUCCUCAGUCUGUAUCGGCAGCUUGAGUCAGACAGGUCCCAGCUUGCAGAUCCUAACCCCGUAUCCGAUAUCUCAAGCUACAGCGUGCUUCUCUCCAACAUUACUAACCGAGUGGAGCAUGUGAAGCGCGAGGAGGAGAAGUUCCAGACCAUGCUCAAAAUCUCCAAGGGAUUCCGGAAAGCACCGGCGAACAUCAAGGAGCACUUUGGGUUGCCGCCACCUGCGGAGUAG